UUGCACCUACGUUCCGUUCGUUAGGCUCGCAUGUAAACUUAGCUGUCUGUUUAUGGAGUUGAGAGUUGUUGAUUGUGUUGGUGGUUAUUAAAGUGGAGUGUUGCUCCGAAGAAAGAGGAUAACACAAUCGACACUAUUUGUUUGACAUCUGAACCCAUCAAGAAAAUAGAAUUAAUUAGAGUAUUGACUUCAUGAUCAGUAGUAAAUCUGGUGUGAAGAAAGAUUACCAUAUAAUUCAAGACAUUGAAGAACUCUUGACACCUGUUACUUCAGCAAACAGUUUAAUCAACCGUUUCCUGUGCAAUAAAACGGAUUACACUAUGUUCCAGUGCGAGACAUUCAACAAUGUAUAGGCCUCCUGAAAAUACAAAUAGAGUUAAAUCAAUUAAAUCAAAGUUUGAAAAUAUAGAAAAUUCAAACUGUACCAAAGAAAACCUGUGUUCCAAAAAUGGAACUAGGGAUAACGUAACUAAUACUAAAAGUGACUCAAAAACAUUAGAGUGUAGUGCUUUACCUUUAAAUCUCCAAAGACAAUUGAGUGAUCCUAGCAAGAGAAAUAUCAAGCGUACUCCGGCCUUUAGGCUGGAUAAAAAUUCAGACAAAGUAGCAGCUUUUCAACGUUCCAGUGUAUUAAACAAAAGUCAAGAAGUCAAUCCCAACAUGAAACCUGUGAGUACUAAAAAAGUUAAAGACUGUGAUAAGAUUGUAGCUACCAGUGAAAUACUUUCUGUUAAGAAAACUGUGCCUUCUUUGUUGAAAGAAAAUAAGCCAAUUUUGUUAAAGUCAAAAAGCUCAAUGGAUUUCAAUGUAUUGAGGAACAAAUUCAAUUCAGUUAAUUCUGAUAGUGGUACUAAUGACAGUACUAAGGAAUCAAACCAAAGAAAUGAUAGUGUUAUGAAAAAUGUAUCAGCUUUAUAUACCGAACCUAUACCUAAAUCUCUAAGAAUUAAACCUUGCGAUAAGACUGUUAUGAAACCAAUUUAUUCAAACUUGGAAGAAAUUCCUAUGAAGAAUGAAUCUUCUGAUGAUAGUGAUAUACAUAAAGUUAAAACUUUGAGAUUAACUGAUAAGGAGCAACCAAUUAAUCACACUUCGGUUAGUGCUUCAAGAAAAAUUACUUUGACUAAUAAAGUCAAUGGCCUACAUGAUAAAUUGGGCUGUGCUGAGAAAGAUGAGAAAAGUGAUACUGUAAAUAAAAAUGACAAGGAUGAAUUGGCAUCUGCUCUGAAAAAAUUGGACACUUUAUUACAAAUGACAAAAUCGAAUAGUUUAAAGAAAGCACAAACUUCAACAUCAACGAAGCAUAUUAAACAAGAGUUAGAAAUGACUGAUACUUUGAAGAAUGCUUUGAAAAAACCUUUACCAACUGGCCCAGCUCCUAAAAAACCACCAAGAACAUUUGCUCAUUGUUCAACAGGUCCAAAUAUUGAAGAGAACAACCGGGGAAGUUUUGAUAAUUUUGAAAAGAAUAUAUCAUUCUUGCAUGUUUCAAAGCAUGUAGAUACUGAAGUGAGGGAACCUUUAUGUCUGAAGGAUAAAUCAAAUUUGAAAAGAAAUGAUCCAAAAUACAUGCUCAACAAACUAGAAUCUGCACUUCGAAACAAUAAAUUGAAAACUAGAAAAAGUGCUAAAACUGACAUGUCCACAACAUCAGGCGAAGAUAGUGAUGAUAGUGCCUUGAGAAAUGGUUUGAACAUAAGAGGGUCAAGCCAAAACCGAACUCUUCUCGGAGCUCUUCCUUCUGUACCUGAUAAUUCAUCCCCAAAUAUUCCUGCUCCUACGAAUAAUAUGCUUGUUCAAGCAUUAAAUUUUAACUGUUUAAAUGGUAAUACUAAUUGUAUCUCUUCGCCACCUUAUAGUAAAUUGAUUGAAUCGAAAUCUUCAUUUUUUGUGAGUGUUAAAAAUGAUGAACCAGUGUAUGCGGAACCUUGGCAGUUUGAAGAAAUAUUUAGGCAGAAAAAUGGUUCACGGCAGAGGAGUAUAUCCAGUGACAGGAACACAAAAAAUAACCGGAACAGCUUAUACUACUGGAGCAGUCCAGUUUUGUGUAGUACUCCUUGUUCGAGUAGCUCUAGCAGCAUGAAUCUUUCUUCCAAACAGACAGACGUGCCAUCAACAAAUCUAAAAUGUCGAUCAGAAAAGGAUCAACAGUCGGAGGUUUCCUCUUUGUCAUCAUUUAAUUCUGAAUCAGCCUCAUCUACCCCUAUGGACGAUAUAGAAAAACCAUUUCCAGGAACUGUUAACAUAAAACAGCUCAUCGAUACAUUUGAAACGAAAACAAAUACAAAAAAACAAGAGGAAAAUGAUGUGACUUUAACUAAUAACACCAUCAAUAAAAACUCAGAUGUUGGCGAGCUUGACUCUAUUCCAAAAGAAAAUGGACAGGGGGCUGUGGAAGAAAUUGGCGAAAAAAAUAGUCGGUUAGAUGCCCCAAAAACAGACAUCCAUAAAGAUAUGGAUGACAGUUUCGAUCCAAAUGAGACUAGUUUGGCAAAUGUGUCUGAUAGAAAGAUGUCUUAUGAUGAUCCUACAGUUGACAAAUUCAGAACGUACGUCAGAAAUGUUUCAGUAUACGCCAAAAUUAGGCCUCAGUCGAAGAAAAGCACUUUAUUUGAAUGUUGUUUGAUUGUUGAAUGGAAUGCUGAUGUUAGAAGAAUCAAGUUCAAAUAUCCACAUAAUGUUCAAGUUCCUCAUAAAAUAGAAGAUCUCUGCUUUCCAGAUGCAGCCUGCGGUCCCUUAGAUAAAACAUUGAAUGCUCAAUGCUAUUCCUUAGUUAUAACUGAUGAUAGAGGUGAAAGAACUUUUGGUUAUUGUCGUCGUGUGGUACCUGAAGGAAGUAAUAAAUGUCUUCCAAUAGCAUAUUGUAUUUUAAGUAAACAUAAGUCCCCAAGAUUUUAUAAAAAAAUACUUAUUGAAUUAGAAUCUCGCCAUGGAAUCUCGGAAAAACACAGAAAUAAUCUACUUGAAGCUUUCUACUAUAAUAAAUUCCCCCAACCGGGUGAAACGGUGGUGAUAAAAUUAGCUGAUAGCAUAGGAUGUGGAAGGAAUAAAGAGAAUUUUUCAAGUAUAAAAGAAGACGAUGAAAGAUGUGGCCCUGACAUAAUUGAGAAUAACAGGAGUGAUACGAUAAAAAAAGAAGAUGAUGUGAACAGAAGUUCUCUAGAAGAUUCAAUAGAAAGCAGUUUUGUGAUAGUAAACGAUAAAGGAGAAUAUGAGUCAUUAACGAAACGGAAAAAGGAGAUGGUAAAUAACAGUAUUGCUAAAACGUCGAUUGAUUUUCUUGACAUGUGUGGUGAGAACGAAAUUGUGUUGAACGUUCACGAGGACCCGAUCUAUGAAAAUUCAGAUCUGAAGGAUUUGCAUGAACUACCUACUGAAAUUCUGCGGAAAAUCUUUGCAUCACUCCUACUUGAACGGAAGGUGAUUCUGAUCAGCUGCCUCCUGAGUAAAUUGUCAUCUUGUGUUGAAGCUUUACAAACUAUCAUUUAUCCAUUCACUUGGCCACAUUCAUUCAUACCAGUGUUACCAAAAUCGUUGUGGGAAUUUGUGGAAGCCCCCACGCCGAUAAUAUGUGGUAUUCUUUCAGUUGAAGUUCUAAAUAAGCAUGACAUUGAACAUGGUAUUGUGGUGGAUUUGGACGAAAAAUGCAUAUGGAAAGAAGAGGGAGAUGAAGAUAAAGCCCUUAGCUCAUCAAUGCUCAGGGCAUGGCGUAAACAUCUAGAAGCAGCAAAAAGCAUUCCUGUUGAUGAAGAAGCCCAUUCCUUUUACUUGACUGAUGCUUACAUCCAUAUGUUUUCUGUGGCUUUAAAAAAUUACAGAGAUUAUAUUGUCAACGGAAACUUCCAGAGAGAGGCAUUCAUCAGAUCAGCCAAAAGGAAAGGUGUUAGAAGAUUUUUGAAUUGGUUCACAGAAUCGAGCAUGUUCCUCACAUUUGUGGAUUCAGUGAUCACCAAUUCACAGGAUUUUUCUCAGUUUGACAAAAAAAUUGCCAUGUAUGCUUCCGAGCAAUCCGUAUUGAUCCUCGAUAAAAUAUUAGACUGGAAGUUUUGACUUCAUAAUUUUGAUAUUAGUAUUAGUUCAACAAAUGAAAUGUAUUUUUCUACUUAAAUUUUACCUUUAAUAAAGGUGUUUAUUAUAAGCAGCUUCAGAGUGCAGAUAGGUUUUAUAUUUGUUAUGUGAUUAGUUUUUCAAUAAAUAUCUAAAUAUUU